AUGGUCAACAAUAGUGACAAUGAAUAUCCUGAUUUUUCAAAAGUUACCCGUGAUAUAAGAAGUAAUAAAAAUUUGAAGAAAAUUACAAAUUUGAACCAAGAUGAUGAAUUAAGUAACAAAUCUCACAAAAAGGAAUAUACCAAUGAAGAAUUUAGAAGCAAUGAACCAUCGGAACUAACUUCUGAAAGAAUCGUCGAGAAAACACUAAUCGUUGAAAAACUGUUAGAAGAAUAUAACGGAUAA